UUCGCUUUUCCACCCCUCUCUGUAAACCGUCCUUCUUUUCCGCUCCGCAGGAAUGUGUGAAGCCUCAACCCUGGGCGAAAGGUCUACUAGUGACGGGUCGCAACAUUUCUAGGCAGGAAUGAGACUCCCCCACCGCUGAGCUCAAGAUGAGAGAGUGGUGGAUCCAUGUUGGGUUGAUCUGCAUCCCGCUGGUCGCCGUCUACCUGCACAUCCCGCCCCCUCAGCUGUCACCUGCCCUGCACAAGUGGCACAGUGCCGGGGAGGUCUUCCACUUCAGGGGCAGGGAGAUCUUCUACAGAGAUUCCUAUGGUGCUUUGGGAAGCUCCGAUGUCGUCAUUCUGCUCCACGGCUUCCCCACCUCCAGCUACGACUGGAACAAGAUCUGGGAUCCACUCACCCAGCGCUUCCAUCGAGUCAUUGCGCUGGACUUCCUGGGUUUUGGCUUCAGUGACAAGCCACGACCCCAUAGGUACUCCAUCUUUGAGCAGGCCAGUGUGGUGGAGGCCCUCGUGGCUCACUUGGGUCUGAGCAACCAGCGAGUGAACCUGGUUUCACAUGACUAUGGCGACACCGUGGCCCUGGAGCUGCUCUACAGGAGCGACCAAAAUCGCACAGGUCGCCUGACCUUUAACAGCCUGUGUCUUUCUAAUGGAGGAUUAUUUCCAGAAACACAUUACCCACGGUUGCUGCAGACGCUUCUGAAGGACUCCAGUUUUCUGGCUCCAAUUCUCACCCGCCUCACUAACUAUAUGAUCUUCCAAAAGGGGAUUGGAGAUGUGUUUGGUCCUUACACGCAGCCCACAGACACUGAGUUCUGGGACAUGUGGACGGGUAUACGCUACAAGGAUGGCAACUUAGUUUUGGACAGUAUUCUGCAGUACAUCAACCAGAGAUUGAAACACAGAGAGCGAUGGGUGGGCGCGCUCACUUCCACCUUCGUCCCACUGCAUAUGAUCUACGGACCCCUGGACCCGGUCAACCCUCAUCCCCAGUUCAUCCGUCUUUACCAGCAGCUGGUCCAGAGGUCGACAGUCACCAUCUUGGACGAACACAUCAGUCACUACCCUCAGCUGGAAGAUCCCACCGGCUUCCUCAAUGCAUAUUUUAAUUUUAUUCACUCUUUCUGAAGGGAUAACACAUGCAAACGCCCGUGUUCAAGAACGAGUGCAUAGAACCUGCAUAAUGUACAAGCUAUUCAGUACUUUAGCAACACUUCAAAGUGAUAAAUGACCUUUCCUGAUUACUGUUAGGAGAAAUGCUGCAUCAGUUUGAGAUUUUAUCACAAACGAUGGGCUAAUUUACCAGCGUCAACCCAUAAAAUCUCAAUUACCUGGCAUUGGAAGAGAUUAAAUGUGAGCAAGAAACAUGAUGAAUUAUACUUAAUGUAACUGACUAAUCCGACAGUGACCGUGUUAAUUUAUGAACCCCCAGACGAAGCAUGAUACUUAAAAUGAUGUUGUGGGUUGUGUGAUUAUUGAUCUUGUCUGUGGGACUGUUUUGAUUCCUUCCAUUUUCUGUUGGUUGGCUCCUGCAAUCAGCUGCACUAUGAAUGAGUUUUGAUAUGAUUUUCUACAUUUUUCUUGAUGUUAAUGAAAAAAGCUAAACGUCAACUUUUCUUCAAAUAAAACUAGUUUUGUAAUAAAAAAUAAAUAAAAAAAAAAACCCUGAAUGAA